CGGCACCUCCGCGCUCCCCUCCCCGCCGCCCGGCGCUGGUGGGGCGGCCGCCCCGGGCUCGCCGGGGUCCGCGGUGCCAGGAAGAGGCGGCUCCGCGUUCCGCCCGCGGAAACUUUGCCCGGCGAGCAAGGGGAAGGAUGGAGCCGGGGGAGCCCGCGGCGGCGCCUCUCAACCUGUCCCGACCCGCGGCAGAGACGCCCCGCGGGGAGUUCAACCUCUCCGGGAUGCCGGAGGCCGAGGGGAAGCCCCUCUUCGGCAUCGGCAUCGAGAACGUCAUCACCUUGAUCGUCUUCGGUGUGAUCUUCACCCUGGGGGUGCUGGGCAACACCCUGGUGAUCACAGUGCUGGCGCGGAGCAAGCCAGGCAAGCGCCGAAGCACCACCAACAUCUUCAUCCUCAACCUGAGCAUCGCCGACCUGGCCUAUCUGCUCUUCUGCAUCCCCUUCCAGUCCACGGUCUACGUGCUCCCCACCUGGGUGCUGGGAGCCUUCAUCUGCAAGUUCAUCCACUACUUCUUCACCAUCUCCAUGCUGGUGAGCAUCUUCACGCUCUCGGCCAUGUCUGUGGACCGGUAUGUGGCCAUCGUGCACUCCCGGCGCUCCUCAGCCUUGCGUGUUCCCCGCAAUGCAAUGUUGGGUGUGGGGCUCAUCUGGGCACUCUCCUUCGCCAUGGCCUCGCCUGUGGCUCACCACCAGCGCAUCUUCCACCGUGAGACCAGCAACCAGACCUUCUGCUGGGAGUUCUGGCCCAACCCACGCCACAAGAAGGUCUACGUGAUUUGCACGUUUGUCUUUGGAUAUCUGCUCCCACUGCUGCUCAUCUCCUUCUGCUAUGCCAAGGUUCUUAAUCAUCUGCAUAAGAAAUUGAGAAACAUGUCAAAGAAAUCAGAAGCAUCCAAGAAAAAGACAGCACAGACUGUGUUGGUGGUAGUAGUGGUUUUUGGCAUCUCCUGGCUGCCUCAUCACGUGAUCCAUCUCUGGGCUGAAUUUGGAGUUUUCCCACUGACUCAAGCCUCCUUUCUCUUCAGGGUAACUGCACACUGCCUGGCCUACAGCAAUUCUUCUGUGAACCCAAUCAUAUAUGCAUUUCUAUCUGAAAAUUUUAGGAAAGCCUACAAACAAGUCUUCAAAUGCCAAAUUGGUAACAAGUCACCUCUGAAUGAUGCUAAGGAAAAUAAAAGUCGGAUAGAUACACCACCCUCUACUAAUUGUACCCAUGUGUGAAUGUUGAGAAACCCUGUGUGUUGGCUCUUCCUUUCUGUGAACAAAACACCAAGAAAAAAAAGCACAAUGAGCUUUAUCCUGGGUUUAUCUUGAUAAAGCUAAUUGGUAUUUAAUAUAAUGAGGUUGCAUUUGUAGCCAAAGUUUGUGAAACUCAUAUGAAAUAAACCUGGGAUGAUCCUUUGCAUCUCAGAUAACUUUGUCAAAUAAAGCUCUUGGACCUUUCAUAUAUAUUUGAGAAAAAAAAUGUUGAGGUGAUAUGUCUGUAUUCUUACUCACUAAGCAUACAAAUGUACAAGAUGAAGAUAUUGAUGUGGACAGUUAACUUUCUGACAUCUUACUCCAUGAAAGUGAAAAAUGGAUAAAUUUUCUGUCCUACAGAUAAUAAAUAUUGGACUACUAUCAUUUCAAAGAUGAAAGCUUUUGUGCUCUCUUCAGAUUGUUUUGAGAAUGCCUUUUUUCUUUUUAAAAGUAAACAUUGGCUCUGAUUUGGAGUUGGAAUAAGUUGUGUAUGCCUUGAGGCAAUUGGAGAGGAAAUGCUAAUUCUACCUGUUUAGCUGGUUUUAAUGUGUCUUACUGAGCAAGGAUGGACUGGUUUUCCACUUCCUAUGGCUGCCUUACUGUAUACACAGGACUUCUGUGUACACUGUAUAGGAGGGUUUUUUAUGGCCUGUAUGUAGUUGUAUCAAAAUGAGAUUUGUGUCUGAGCAAGUCUUUUCUUCAUGUGCUGCAUGUGCACGUGUAUGGAUGUUUUCUUAAUUUCACAGACCUUGAGAUGGAGACACAGUUUUAAAUGUGCAAAGUAUAUACGUUUUAAAAUACCAUGUUCUGGAAAGCAACUCUAGACAAUGCUUAAGGAUUCAAAGAUAGCAUUCCCUUAAAAGUUGUAGGUGAAGCUUGAUAUCAUGUAGUUUUAAAUUGGAAAUAUAAAGAAGGUUGCAUUUAAAUUAAUGCAAAGUACAUAAUGUAAAUGGUACAAUUCUGCAAAUUCCUAAAUAAAAUUAGUAGAUUCCAUAAUUUUAUAAAUGUACUUAAAAUGUCUUUAGGUGGUAAAUCACUAAAGAAAUAAUGGAAGAACACUUGCUCCUUUGAAAACAUUCUUUUAGCUGGAGUAAGACAUGAUCUUACCUUUUUUUAUUAAUGACCCAUAGGCUCAUAGAGCAAAUCAAAUUAAAGGAACCUCUGGACAUCCUCUCAAGGCAGGCAUACUCUCAGAGUUGUAUCACUUCCUUGUCUCAAGAUCUGAAAGCUUCUAAGGAUCGCCAUUCAACAACCUUUUUGGAGCAACCUGUGCUAGUGCCUAAUCACCCGUCACUAAAAUAUUUUUCCUUAUCCACAGCUGGGAUUUCCCUUGAUGUAUCUUGUGACCAUUGCUUUCUGCCUUUCACUGUGUACUGAAUUCUUUUUUCUAGCUGACUAAUAUGUAAUUUUAAGAUGGCCAUUGAAUUUCCCCUCAGCCUUCUCUUCUGAAACAGUGUGCUGCUCUCAGUGUCUCCUCAGGUCCCUGGCUGGAUCAGUGGCCGUCCACUGCCCUUCCUCCAAUGUAUCCACCCCUCUCAUCAACUGAGGUAUUCAAAACUGAAGGGUGUGUUCCAGGUGUGGGCUCACAAGCACUGAGUGGAGUAAUUGCUUUCCUUGGUCCCUUGGCUGGUUCUUGCUAAUACAGCCCAAUAUUAUCAUAAUUCAUGGCUGCUGAUUUAUAUUUAAUUUCUGCUUUACAAGCACUCAAGUCCUUUUCUGCAGAACUGCAUUGAGUCCCAGUCCAAGUUUCAGGACUUGGCUUUGGGCUUUCCUGAACUUCACGCAUUUGAUAGCUGUUACUUCUGCAUUUCCUGCUUACCAAGGGCCCUUUGAAAGGUACACCUGCUCUCCAGAAUAUCCACCACUCCCCCAGGUUUGGUAUCAUGUGGAAAAUUGCUGAGAGUCCUGCAACCUUUUCUGGUCUUUGAAGAUGCUAAGUGGUGUUGGCCAGAUGCUCUUUCAGUUUCCUUUUUCUCCACAGACUUGCUUUAAAAAAAAAAAAAGAAUUCCGAGUGGUGGAAUGUCAGCUACAGAGGGUUAGCUCACAGAAAAAUAUCUAUGUUUAUGUGUCCGUAUUGUCUGCUUGGAAUCAGUAAAAAUAUCAAAGACAUGCUAUUG